AUGAACGCUUCUCCAAAAACAAAUGAUCAUAAUCGAGUGGAACAUGGCAAACGGUGGAUUGAAUUUAUUGGUUUUUGGCUUCUUGGUCUUUGCAAUAAUUUUGGUUAUGUAGUAAUGUUAAGUGCUGCUCAUGAUAUAUUGAAACAAGAAGAGGAUACUAAUUCGACUGAACCGAUGCCACAUAAUACAACAAAUCGAUUUGAUUGUAAUCGACUAUCGACAGGAGCUAUUCUACUAGCGGAUAUUUUACCAGCAUUAGUUAUUAAAUUAACAGCUCCAUUUUUUAUGCACAGAAUCAUAUAUAAUUUUCGUUUUAUUUUGAUUGUAAUAUUUGCUGCUAGUUCUUUGAUCAUUGUUGGUACUUCAAAAAUAAUUGCUUUAAGUUUAUUUGGUGUUGUUUGUGCAAGUAUUAGUUCUGGUUUUGGUGAAAUUACAAUAUUACAAUUAACAUCUUUUUAUUCAAAACAUACGGUUAGUGCAUGGUCAAGUGGUACAGGUGCUGCUGGUUUACUUGGUGCUCUUUCCUAUGCAGGACUAACUAGUCUACUUAAAUUAAAUCCUAGAACUGCUAUACUUAUUUUACUCUUCAUACCUGUUCUUCAAGUUAUCAGUUACAUAAUGGUCGGAGCUAGUCAAGCUGUUGCUAGACAUCGUCACUAUCAACAAAUAAGUGAACAUAUUACUGUUGAUGUUGAUAUAGACAGUAAUGUUGAUGAAACGAUAAUAAGUGUUAAUGAAACAUUGAAAGGUUUUAAAGGUCGACUUAAAUUAGUUAAACCAUUAAUAAAAUAUAUGAUACCAUUGACAAUUGUUUAUUUUGCUGAAUAUUUAAUCAAUCAAGGAUUGUAUGAACUCAUCUACUUUCGUAAUACGAGUAUGUCACAUUCUACACAAUAUCGUUGGUAUUCGGUUUUCUAUCAAUUGGGCGUUUUCGCUUCACGUUCAUCAGUAGCACUCAUUAGAAUUCAUCGUCUUUGGAUUUUACCAAUUAUUCAACUUAUUAAUAUGGGUAUAUUUUUUGCUUGUGUCUAUCGUACGGCUCAUAUACCGAGUAUAUGGUUAGUUUUCGGUUUAGUCAUAUUUGAAGGUUUAAUUGGUGGUGGAGCUUAUGUCAAUACAUUUUAUAAGAUAUCAAUUGAAAUUCCUGAACCUGAUCGUGAAUUUUCAAUUGGUGUUGCAUCUAUUAGUGAUUCAGUUGGAAUAUCAUUUGCAGGUCUAUUAGCAAUUCCACUUCAUAAUGCCAUAUGUCAAUAA